CAGCAUGCACUGCGUGUGAGAGCUGCAGUUCCCGGCGUGCCGUGCGGCCAUGCUCCUGUAAGUGUCCCCGGCCGAGCGCCAAGAUGCCGAUGAAGGGGCCCUUCCCGAUCCGCCGCACCCUGCAGUAUCUGCAGAGCGGGGAGGUGGUCUUCAAGAACAGCGUCAAGAUCAUGACCGUCAACUACAACACCCGGGGGGAGCACGGAGAGGGCGCCAGGAAAUUUGUCUUCUUUAACAUUCCUCAGAUCCAGUACAAGAACCCCUGGCUGCAGAUUAUGCUGCUGAAGAACAUGACCCCCGCGCCCUUCCUGCGCUUCUACCUGGAUGACGGGGAUCAGGUCCUGGUGGAUAUCGAAGACAAAAGCCGUACCGAGAUCUUAGAGCAUGUGAAGAAAAUCCUAGGAAAGACAGAAGAGACUCUAAAAGCAGAAGAAAAGGCAAAAAUGGUGUCGUCCAAUCCCGCCAACUUUGGCCCCAAAAAGUACUACCUGCGCAAGUGCAUGUGUGAGGUGGAUGGGCAGGUCCCGUGCCCCGGGCUGGUGCCGCUGCCAAAAGAAUUGACUGGGAAGUACAAAGCUAAACUGAGAGCUGGGACUGAGGUGUGACCCGCCCGUAUCGAUGCCGGGGGCACCGCGGCGGUGGCGGCCUACCUGCUGUCAUCACUGCUGUUGUUUUUUUUGUUUUUUUUUAUAAAUUAAAAGACGUUGGUUAUUUUCA